GCUCGGUUCGACAUCCUUAACCCCCCUCCACGCACAACUGACAAUAGUCUCGUCCCAGUUUUCAUUGAUAAACCUGUUGUUGUCACUUUCAGCCACUUCUGAUUCUUUCGCUUGUUGUUGAAAUACUUUUUCACGGAGAUUUUUUUAAGCCAACAGAUCCAAAUUCAAAAUGGAUGGUGGAUCUUCAGAAAACUGUAUGAAAUAUAUUCUUUUUUUCUUUAAUUUGAUCAUCUUUAUCUUGGGUAUUGCUGGUGUUGCCCUCGGAAGCGUCUUGCUGGCUAGAAAGGACCUUUUACUAGAGGGGCUUGACGAAAUUAAAAUUGAAGGUGUUCUUGAUGGCUUUGAUAAUGAGACGAUUAAGGCUGCUGCCAUCGUUCUGAUAAUUGCAUCUGUUGUUGCUGUAUUUAUUGCAUUCUUCGGUUGCUUUGGAACAUGGAAAGAGAACAUCUGGAUGCUUGGAACAUACAGUACAAUAAUGACCAUUAUCCUUGCUCUACAAGUUGCUGUCUUCGUAAUGAUCGUUGUGGCUCGGCCAAAGGUAAUUAGAAUUAAUUAAGAAAAACCUGAUUAUUUUUGAUACAAAUGAAUCCAGUUUUAAUUUAUUACAUAUCUUGUU